CCAUUUCCACCUCAAAUCAAAACAAAGCAGUAGAUCCAAUAUUCAUAAUCCUUCCCACUCAAAUUAGUUACUACUGCUCCUUUGCAAUUGGCAAUUAGGAAGAUGUCAAGGCGAUCUGGGAACUGUGGAAGGUGCUGUUUGGUUGUAUUUGCAGUGGUUUCAGCUCUCUGUGUAUCUGGGCCUGCAAUUUACUGGAAAUUCAAGAAAAGUCUCAGCUUGAAAACUGCAUCGUUGAAUUCUUGCAGUCCUUGUAUUUGUGAUUGCGCCCCUCCUCCUUCCCUUCUCAAGAUUGCUCCUGCAUAUUUUUGUUGCUGCCAUCUCUUUGACCAGCUCACGCCAGGGUAGAGGUGGGCGUGUGAGUAAAGGUUGAGGGUUUGUUACAAAUUAAGGCAAUAGACAAAAUACAAUGCUAACCUACUGGAGCGUUCUUGUAGUUUGAAGUAACUCAUGAAAAACUUACAGAAAUGGUUAUGCCAAUGACAUGCUCCAAUGGAAGCAUGUUUCCCCCAUCUCCCUACAGUUUGCCGAUGAUUGCAACAGACAAUUUGGAGUAUGGCCUCGGGAACAUUGGAUCACCACUGAAUUCGGUGGCUUGAGGAUUAACCUGGUGCUGAAAAGAUUUGGCAGUAAUAUCAUAUUUUCCAAUGGGAUGCAAGAUCCAUGGAGCAGAGGCGGUGUGCUGAAGAACAUAUCAUCCAGCAUUGUGGCAUUAGAAACUGAGAAAGGAGCACACCAUGUUGAUUUUAGGUCUGCAACAAACAAAGAUCCAGAGUGGCUCAUCGACCAAAGGAGGCAAGAAGUGGAGAUUAUCCAAAAGUGGUUACAGGAGUAUUAGGCAGACAGCAAGCAAGACUAGAUAUAGAGUUCUGGGGAUAAAGCAACAUAUUGUCAUGUCUAAAUUUUGGUUAUUGGAGAGAUGCACUUCAUCCUAAAGAUGUUUGGCUCAAAAGAAAUACUCCAAAGGAGUGAUUUGUUGGGCAGAAGGACCAUACAACGUUAACUGGAUGUUCUUGAAUUAGAAUGAGGCACCAGAAUCAAUUGAACUUUUUUUUUUUUUUUUUAAUUUUUGGAAUGAAUUGAACUUGUUUU